CUCAUUUGAAACCUUUCGGUCAAAGUAUAACUUUGAUUUAAUUUGGCCUCCACCAGUCAGUCAGAUCAUUAACUACAUCGCAUACCUUCGAGCAAGUCAAGCUUCAUACUCAACAGUAAAAUGCUAUUUAAGCGGUAUUAGCUACAAAAUUCAGUUAGAGGGGGUAUUGACAACACUAAAACCUUCAUAGUUAAGAAAAUGUUGGAAGGUUUCCAUAGGCUAAAUCCAGCAAAAGAUCUACGAUCCCCUAUUUCCUUACAAUGUUGAAUCAGAUGAUAUCUAUUUUACCCACAGUGUGCUCUAACUCGUACCAAGCUACAAUGUUUUCAACUGUCUUUCAAUUAGCAUUUUUUGCACUAUUGCGCAUUAGUGAAUUUACUUAUUCCAGUAAAUGUACACCCACGUUAUCCUUCCAAGAUGUCACCAUUGAUGAUGUACAAAUUAGUUUGCUUAUCAAAGGCUCAAAAACCGACCAAUAUCAGAGGGGUGCCACGAUACAGAUUACACUCAAUUCUCAAACUGAACCAUUAUUCAAACACAUCCACAACUUUUUGUCAAUUAGGCCUCAAAUUCAAGGCCCCUUUUUCUGCCACUUGAAUGCUCUGCCUCUCACUAAAUAUCAAUUCACAUCACUGCUACACAAGGCUGUGAAACUCAUUGGUCUAGACACAUCUAUAUUUAAAUCACACUCAUUCAGAAUAGGUGCCCGGGGCUACUCACUUGUACUUGCAAGGUGAUUCUGACGAGCACAUCAAGUCUAAAGGCAGAUGGAAAUCAAAUGUAUUCAAUUCUUAUGUUAGAUUUUAAUAUUAACGCUUAUGCCUGCAACAUUAUCAUAUUCUAACUGAGUACUAAGUUUGCAGGUCAUACUACUGUUUGGAUUAUCGGAUCCUCAAUAAUUCAUUAUGCUGCCCUUUAUGCAGACAAGCAAUUUGGAAACGCUCAUCUAGAUCUCCAACAGCACAAUAUUACAAUAUCUUGGUCCGGUAAGAGUGGGAGGGUUUGGGACGAUGUAAAGCCCGAAAUCAAUCAUCUCAUUGGUCAAAAUGGUCAUCUAGAUUGGUACUGAUACAUUGUGGGGACAACAGUAUAGGUACUAUGCCAUUGCGUAGGCUCCAAAAAUAUUAAAGUUUAUCCAUUCAAGAUAAACAAAGUUAUCGACCAAGAUUCGAACUAGUUCAUCAUGGCAAUAUUGCUUGUAUUUCGGAAAGGUUAUUGCUUGUAGUACUGGGUUUUAAUUUUACAUUUAAUCUUUCAAAAUGACGUAAGCAUUCCUUUGCGCAGGCUUCCCCCUUUUUGCUUAAAACUUCUCAGCGGGUUGGUCGCAUGAAAAUCAGUAGAGAAGAAAUCUUUUGAAAGAUACUGCGCGCUAGACGUAAAAACAAAAUCGCCGUAUGCUAGGGCCGCGCCGGCCAUCGCUGCUGCAUCCACUUCGAGGUCAAGGUUCUAUAUCGCAAGAUCCCGAGCUGCAGAGACCCACACGGAAGCUGAAGUAAACCAGGCAGCUUCAUCUUCAGGGAGUAAUGUGCACGUGGGCUCGUCAAUCAUAAAGAGGGCAGAGCAAUAUGCCAUAAAAUGUGGUAUAGAAAUGGCCUCUUCUUUGGGGGAUUUGCAAGUUAUAUGGAAAGGAAUUUCUGGUAUGCGUUGGAAGGAUUUACGUCGGACUUUAGACAAUUUAUUGUUAAUCUUGGACAACCAAAAAUUUUGGUUUUGCAUUGUGGUGGUAAUGAUAUUGGUGCUCCUGAUGUCACUCUCAGAAGGCAAAAAAUGUUCAUGAAAAAUUCCAUAAAGGAACUGGUAAAUAUCAUGCCAAAUACCUGUAUCAUCUGGUCUCACAUUCUUCCCAGAUUAUAUUGGAGAUACACUAUUUCAAACAAUGAGGCUCAAAAGUCUCGAAAGCGCAUUAAUAGCUCCAUUGCUACAUUUGUCAUCAAAAAUGGUGGUGUCUCUGUGAAGUACCCUGAAAUUACUGCUUCACAUACACGUUUGUUUCUGAAAGAUGGUGUUCACCUUUCUGUUGAAGGUAAUAAACAAUUUCUUGGAACAUUGCAAGCUAAAUUAAAGCAGCUGAUAUGAUAAUGUAUUAAUUGGGGUAAUGUCAUGGUUCUGAUUUAUUUUUUGUUUGUGUUCAAAUUGGUUUGCUAUGGUGGCAAACACUGCUUUGGUGACAGUUUUUAUUGCAUUGCUUUGGUGGCAACAAUUGUGUUGCUUUGAUGGCAACAACUGCUAUGGUAGCAGUUUAUAUAUAUAUAUAUAUUUGAAAUCCAAGUGGCGGAAUUUUGCUAUCUAGAGAGCCAUUCACUGUUGGAUACUGUCAUUUCCAGGUCCUUUGGUGGUGUGGUUUUCUACUCACUUUUGAUAUGCAGCCAAAAAGCUUAUGGAAAGCUCGGCGCAUCUCUUGUAUGUUUAAUUGAUUCAUUAAAGCCAUAACAUUUACCCAAAUCAAGAACUUGUUCUGUUCUGUAUUAAUGCCAUAUAGGUUUCUGAUCAAGAUGUCUGACCGUCCUUGAAACUUCCUUUUUUUCUUUCUAGUGAGAAUUCUUUUGGAGAUAAAUGAAAUUGACUAUUGUAUACUUGCAGGCCCUUCUACCAAACACUCGCUUUGUAUGGUCCCAAAUACUCCCAAGAAACUAUUAUAGACACAUGCUCUCAAACACUGCAGGUGAGAAAGCCCAGAUAAGAAUUAACAAGUCAAUAGCCCCAUUCAUAGUACAGCGUAAUGGUGCAUACAUUAAAUACCCAGAUCUCCAGCAAUGUACCCCAAUUUUAUAUCGUGAUGGAACACAUCUGUCCAAUACUGCUCAGGUUAUAUUUGUAAACGCCACACGUGAGUGAUUGCUCAAUAUUGUACAUAGCAACGCCAAAGUUUACCUCCAGCUAGAUGCACAGUCUCCCUGUCAUGGCAUUGGUGCAAAAGUUUGCCCGCAUUUGGCAGAUGUCUUCAUGUAUGCAUAUUCCCGUGAGGAUCCGGGUUAGAAUAGGUCCUCAGUACCCCUUGCUUGUCAUAAGAGGCGACUAAAUGGGGCGGUUCUUCGGAUAAGACCGCAAAAACCGAGGCCCCGUGUCACAGCAGGUGUGGCACGAUAAAGGUCCCUCCCUGCUCAAAGGCCGUAAGCGCCGAGCAUAGGCCUAAAUUUUGCAGCCCUUCACCGGCAGUGGUGACUUCUCCAUAUGAGUGAAAUAUUCUCGAGAGGGACGUUAAACAAUAUUUAAUCAAUCAUGUAUGCACAUUCUUGAUCAUAAAUGAAGACAUGGCCGAAUUUUGCUUAAGCCUGCCCCGGAUUCUGUUUUCUUCCAGGUCCGUGGCCAAUAAUUGGGCUUAUUUUGAUUGACAUAUUGAUUGAAUAUAUUGACUGAUUGAAAACAUUGACACCCUGGUUGAUUGUUAUAUUGAGUGAUUGAAAUAUUGAUUGAUUUGAAGUGUUGUUGGAUUGAAAUAUUGAUUGAUUGAUCACGUUAUUGAGCAUUGAUCUUACGUCAUAACUACCAAAGUCGAUGUAGAUCAUGCAUUGUAGUUUAAUGACUUAUUAUAUAAUACAAUAAUAUAGUGAGGUAGAAUAGUGAUUGUGAAAUGAAUUUAACUUGUAUUGUAUUACUCAAGUAAAGCCAUGACAGAGACUGCCAACAUUGUGUUGUUGAUGAGUAGAUCAAAUAUUUGUUGCGUGGCUGAAAAGGCAUAACUCUUGCAAUCUUAUCAUUUUCACCUUUUGACACUACCCCUUUACCAUCUUGCCACUUUUGACACUACCCCUCCUAAUGCACAUAUAUAUAUUACGGGCGCGCCAAUUUCAAAUCCUUUCUAGAAUCCAUCCAAACAAAAUUUUCAACCCACCCCCAAAAUUUUGAUAGGUAUUCAAUUUAAUAAUUUUACAUCGGGUUUCUGCUGUUCUUUUUAUGUAUUUUUCAGAUACACAUUGUCACGAGUGAGCUAACAUACCAAAGCGCCAUGGCUUUUCAACGAAAUACUUGCAGUGGUGUAAUCCGCAAGUGCCGAAUUUUGCUAAAGCCUGCCCCGAUUCUGUUUUCUUUCAGGUGCCAUUCCCAAGCUAAAUCAGGUGGACGUUCAAGAUGACCAUCGGGCUUUAUUGUUUGUGUUGGUUGUGUACUUCAAUUGUACUGGCCUGUUCGACGAAAGCUGACAAAUGCAAGCCUCCAUUUCAUAUUUAUGAGAAAAACUGUUAUUACAUCAGCAGAGACAAAGUUUCCGCAGACGAAGCAUUUGCUCGAUGUAGCCGUAUGGGGGCGUAUCUGGCUAACUUCGAAACACUGGAGGAAGCGAUGUUGAUGAAACAGAAAUUGAAGAGGAUGAAUUCAGGUCUCCAUUUCUACGUCGGUGGAAGGAACAUAAACAGGAGGCAAUCAGGAGGAGACUGGAGGUGGAUCAGAAACGGAAAAAUGGUUAAGAUGACGUAUCAUGCGUUUGGUUCCGGAGAACCUAACGGAAGUGACAGAUCUCCAGAAGAUUGCAUGUUCUUUUACGCAGGAGAGCGCUACACAUUUCAUAACGUCUUCUGCGACAAUGGGACUUACCAUAGUGGAUACAUUUGUGAAAAAUAAAAGUUUGAAAUGA